UAACCAGGGCACAGGUCUGUAUCUGCUCAGGAAGAACCGUUUGUGCGGCAGCCAUGGCCACCUUUGUGAACCUCAGUACCAAAGCCAAGAUGCCCAUCGUGGGCCUGGGUACCUGGCAGUCUCACCCAGGCAAAGUCAAGGAAGCUGUGAAGGCGGCCAUUGAUGCUGGGUAUCGCCACAUUGACUGUGCCUAUCUGUAUGAGAAUGAGAGCGAGGUGGGCGAAGGGAUCCGAGAGAAGCUCCAGGAGAAGGCUGUGAAACGGGAGGACCUCUUCGUUGUCAGCAAGCUGUGGCCCACCUUCUUCGAGAAAAGCCUGGUGAAGAAAGCCUUUCAGAAAACCCUCACGGAUCUGAAGCUGGACUACCUGGACCUGUAUCUAGUUCACUGGCCACAGGGAUUCCAGCCUGGGAAGGAGUUUUUCCCCACAGAUGAAAAGGGAGAUAUUAUCACCAGUAAAUACACAUUCUUGGAUGCUUGGGAGGUCAUGGAGGAACUGGUGGACCAGGGGCUGGUUAAAGCCCUGGGCAUCUCCAACUUCAACCACUUACAGAUUGAGAGGCUCCUGAACAAGCCUGGACUGAAACACAAGCCAGUGAACAACCAGGUCGAGUGCCACCCAUACCUCACUCAGGAAAAACUAAUUCAGUUCUGUCACUCCAAGGGUAUCAGUGUCACAGCCUACAGCCCCCUGGGCUCUCCAGAGAGACCUUGGGCCAAGCCAGAGGACCCUUCACUACUAGAGGAUCCCAAGAUUAAGGAGAUUGCUGCAAAGCACAAGAAAACCCCAGCCCAGGUUCUGAUCCGCUUUCACAUCCAGAGGAAUGUGGCCGUCAUCCCCAAGUCUGUGACACUCACCCACAUGCAGGAGAACAUUCAGGUCUUUGACUUCAAGUUGAGUAAUGAAGAGAUGGCUGCCAUUCUCAGCUUCAACAGAAACUGGAGGGUCUGUUCCUUGCCAAUGACAGUAAAUGCGGAGGACUACCCUUUCCAUGUGAACUACUGAGGCGGCACCGCCCGAUGAGAGUGGCUCAUGGAGUCUUUCUAUGCUGAUGUGCAAAUAAUUCCUCCUGAGAUGGAUUUAAGCCAAGGCUGUUUGAUAUCAUAUCAUCAAGCAGUCAAAUCAAGGCAAUGCUGUAUUCAGAUCCUCGUUAUUCAACCAGGAGCAGAUUGUUUCAGAGAAACGUGACUCAAAGAAGCAAACAGGGCUCUCCUGCAUAUGAUUGGAUGAGCUUGUCAAAGCAGGAGCUAUGGUAACGCUGAAGGCACUAAGAAGAAAAAAAUAAAAGCAAUAAUAGUAACCAGCA